UCUCCAUAAGGACAAAGGUAAUGGGUUUAAAUGCAGCUCUGCGGAUUGGGGUGACCUCUGUCUGCCGCAGGGAGAACGGCUCAGCACCGGGAUAAACUCCUCCACAGUGAGAGCGGGCAUGGCGGCCUGACGUCGGCAUGUAGCCUCCUCAGCGCUAUCCCCGCCAGACUCGUGGACAUCAUGUUAUCGUGACAGCCAGGCGGACUCGUCAGCAGCCUCUCUUUAAUCUCGAUGCGAGAAUUAACUAAUUAAUUAGUUAGUUUCAGUUGGUCAAAGUUGCUUACUCGUUAUCUCUUGCUGUGCUUGGUCAGUCCGUGCGAAUGUAGCACCCAAGCUAGCUAAUGUCUUGUGCGAUCAGUAGCUUUCAGCGGCUGUGUGCUUCAUCUCCACGACAACGGGCAUCCUUCACAGCCGGCCGUCUGAUGGAUGGGUGAGGGGGAACGAUGCUGAGAUUCCUUCAUAUCCUUUUAACAGGCCUCUUCGGCAUUCUGUGGGAUGGAGUUGCUGCUUUUGGUGGGGUCAGACUGGUGGAUGGGGACAGCAAGUGUUCUGGUAGAGUUGAGGUGCUCUGUCAUGACCAGUGGGGGACUGUUUGCGACAAUGAGUGGGACCUCCGGGAAGCGGACGUGGUGUGCCUGGAGCUGGGAUGUGGCUUAGCCGAAUCUGCCGUUCAUGGUGCCGCAUUCGGUGCAGGCAGGGGAGAGAUCUGGCUGCGUCAUGUUCAGUGCUCCGGACACGAGACCAGUUUGAUACACUGUGCUGUUUUCCUCAACAGUAACUCCUACUGCACCCAUGACAAUGAUGCAGGAGUGAAAUGCUCAGGUACCCUUUUAAUCCCCACCCUCACCCUGCUGUCACCUCACACUGUGUUCUCUCCUGGGGAGGCCGUUCGCUUCAGCUGCAGCGUUCUGCUGGGUCACCACAUCAGUGACUUCCACUUGUAUAAGCAUGGAGUGUCCACACCGCUGGUUACACAGAGAGCGGACCAGACCCAGACCAGAGUGGAGCUGACAUUGUCUGACAUAGAGACUUUCCACCAAGGCAGCUACAGCUGUAGGUACAGGAUCAAGGGUGGCUUUCCUUCCCAGCUGCUCAGUUCCCCACCCAGCAAUUCCAUCAACAUUACUGUUGUGGAACUCCUGACUCCCCACCACUGGUACAACACGUCAGCUGAGGCCCCGGCGGGUUCCGUCCUUAAAGGCCACAGCUUUAACAUCACCUGCUCCACUGCUCAGCAAUACCCCGGAGGUUCCUUCCAGCUGCGUCUGAUCCGCUCCAACGGCACAGUGCGCCAGUCCCUUCCUGCCCUCUCCCCGUCUGUCACUUUCACUUUUCCCAGCGCCCAGAGCUCCAAUGAGGGCUACUACUACUGCCUGUACCGGGUCCAGCUGGGUGGACGCACCUUUGUCUCCAGGGAAAGCCAGCCCCUGCCUAUAGCCAUCAGAGACCCGGAUCCGUUACUGAGUCCAAUGGUGAUCAGCUGGCUUGUGUCUGGCUUAACGUUUGUUGUAGCUGUCAUCAUUAUAAUCAUCGUGGCCAAAGUAAUGUGUAUCAAGGAGAAGAAACCCACAGAACUGGAGCGAGAGACCAGAACCUGUGUGGACAACACUUAUGUUGCCUUAUCAAUUAACAAGCUAUGAUGGCGUAUGCUGGCAACAGAUAACUAAAGGUCAAAGGUCCACACUGUGUCCGUUGUGGGUUCAGUCGGCAGGGGACGUAACAUGGCACCAAAGAGCUUGGUCAGUCCUCCAUCACACCUUUGGGAGAAGGCACCACCUGGAGCCAGUUCAGCACACUUUGUAUGAAGCAGUCAUUAUUGGACUCAACCACAGACCCAUCUAAGACUGCGCUGCAAUAUUCUUUCAUAUCAAACUUGAGGAUGGUGUUUCCACUGGGAUGACGUAAGCUAAUGGCCUUGGAAGACUGACAGACAGUGAAGACUAUUUCCAGUUCAGAGUCAGUAUUGGUUCACACUUCAGAUUUACUCUGACUUGGCUACUGCCAUGACUAUAAGGAGGGGAAAACUGCUACUAAAAGCUAAACAGGGGAACUGUGACAUGGGUUCCUCAGGUCUCUGUGUAUAUGCAGCUUAAAAAUAUUGUUUUGUAUGUAUUACCACAAGCUUAUUUUGUAGUUGCUUCUACAGAUCAAUAAUCCUUUAAGUAAUAGAAGAUGGUUUUGUAUUUUACGUCCAGCCCUGCUAUGCAUAUUAAGUCUUUUACAAUGUGGACAUAAUAGCACUUUAACGUGUGUAAAUAGAAGAUGUAGUUGAUUAAAAUGGUGUUGGAGCUUCUGGGGUCCAUCAGCUUUCUUUGUCUGUUACAAAUAUUACUGUCACAUCAGGUCAUUUUAUUUUGGCUUCUGAAUAAAUUCCUUGAAGCUUGAAA